UUAGAGUUCAAAAAUCCAAAGAAAAAAAAGAAGAAAAAAAAAAAAUUGUUCACAAUGUUAUGCUCUAUGAUCGCCGGCGUGCACGUGCCCGUCGGCGAGCCGGCGUAGGGAACAUCGACUGCCGUAGUCGCUGGUGAUGCGCUCGAGAAGGUGGAAAGUGCGGAAGGCGAAGUCAUCCUCUUCGAGCGAUGCAUGCGCCUCGACUCCUUUAACCUCGCCGUCCCACCGCCGACGCAUGGCGGACAACCACGUUUCCCAGUGAUGAGUUUUCGAUCCUGAAAUCAUUCUCUGAAAAAGCAAUCGACGGAGAAAUCGAGCUAGCGUUUUCGAUCCUUGAAGAACGUGCCAAAGGAGGCAACUUUCACUGAGGAAAGCAGCGGACACAGCGAAUGAUUCGCAUUGGUAGUCGAUCGAAGAGGCGAACACCGGAAAGGGAUGCAGAAGCAGCAACCGGCGGCGAGUUAGUGGAGGGGUGGUCCGACCGUGCCCGGUUUCCAGAACCCAAGCAAAGAUCGAGCGAUGAAGCUCCUGCUUUUGCUGUGCUUGAUGGAUUGCUUCCUCGCCGUCGCCCAAACCAGCUCUGGUACCUUCAAUGUCCUCAAUUACGGCGCCAUGGCCGACGGCAUCAGUGAUGACAACAAGGCAUUCAUGGCAGCAUGGAAAGCAGCAUGCUCCUUUACUGGUGGUGUCAAGCUUCUGAUACCCAAAGGAACUUACCUUGUUGGCCCUGUUAAAUUUGAUGGCCCCUGCAGAAAUGUCAGCUCCAUUACUGUAUCCAUGGAGGGAUACAUGAAAGCCUCCACGAAUUUGAGUAAAUAUGUCAGCGGCGAUGAUUGGAUACAGUUUGGAUGGGUGCAUCAUCUGACUUUAACAGGAGGGGGCACCUUUGAUGGCCAAGGAGCUCUCUCCUGGCCUUUCAAUGAGUGCUCCAAGACAGAAAAAUGCAAAGUUCUACCUUCAUCGAUCAAGUUUGUUUACACUGAACAUACUGUGAUGAAGAGCAUAAAGUCAUUGAACAGCAAGUUCUUCCACAUUGUUUUGCUUGGCUGCAAGAACUUUUGGGGAAGCAAUAUUGUGGCUCAGGCUCCUUCCGACAGCCCUAACACAGAUGGGUUUCACAUCGAGAGGAGCUUGGGAGUAAACAUUUAUAACUCGGUGAUCACGACCGGGGAUGAUUGCAUCUCCAUCGGACAAAGUAAUGAGCAGGUAGUGAUCAGUGGCAUCACUUGUGGCCCAGGCCAUGGAAUCAGUGUCGGAAGCCUAGGAAGGUACGAGAACGAAGGAGACGUCAAGGGGCUCUUGAUCAAAGACUGCACUCUAUCAGGUACAGCAAAUGGUUUGAGAAUCAAGACAUGGAAGAACUCUCCGGGAAAAAGUUCAGUAAGUAACUUGACCUUCCAGAACAUCAUCCUCAAUAGUGUCGCAAACCCGAUCAUCAUUGACCAGGCAUACUGCCCCUACGCCGUCUGCUCAUCCAAGGUGCCAUCCUUAGUGAGCAUUAGGGACAUCAUCUUUAGUGAUAUCAGGGGGACAUCAACGACGCCGGUGGCGGUCACCCUCAAAUGCAGUUCAGGGGUGCCAUGUGAAAAUGUCAAUCUCCACGACGUCCAUCUAAGGUACGUCGGUGGAAGUCCAACGAUCGCCGAGUGUUUGAAUGUUCAAGCGACAUACUCAGGCACCCAACUGCCUCUGCCAUGCAAUUAGCUUGUUGCAUCUUUCUUAAACCACAAUGGAACUGAUGAAAUUAAGAAAGAUAAUCAUGUAGCAUCUCAAUUAGAUACAGUUCAUAUCUGAAGGCAUACUGACAAGAACAUCUAAAGAAUACAGAAGAAGUAAUGGCAUGCCUCUUACAAGUCUAAAAACCUUACAAAGAAGUAGAAGCGAGCCAGACAACACGCCUAGGAUCGUGGAGACUCGCAUUCGGAGAAUUUGUUACAUCGAGUUUA